CCACGCCAGCAUCGGCGCCUCCGAGGAGGAGGAGGAAGAGGAGGAGGACCCGUCGAUGCACUCACGGUCCCCGACGCAGGACAAAAACCACCUCCAACUCCACUUCAAUGUAAAACCCCCCAGCAAAAAAAAAAAAAUAAUAAUAACAAAACAAAACAAAAAUAACAAAAACACAAAACAAAAAAGGCUGCGCGCGUGUGUGUUUUUGUUUGAUUUCUUUGUUGUUGUUGUCAUUAUAACGGAAUAACGCCACACAGGAGAGCUCCCAGUCGGUAAGUGUUAUGAGGCGAGCAUGAGCAGCGCAGAAGGCAGCGGGAGCAAAGGCUCGACGGGGCCCAUUUGCAGCUUCACCAUCCAGUCCAUCCUGGGCACGCCGUCAGAGGCGCCCCCGACUCCCGCUCCGCACCCGCAUCCGCCGCCGCCAACGCCGUCGUCGCGCUCCGGGGCUAAGGAGCUCGCCAAGGGACUAGUGCAGGCGGCGCGGAGGAGGACGCUGUCCGUGUCCUCCGAGGAGGAGUGCAGCGGCGGCGAGGACUCGGCGGACUGCUUCUGCUCCGAGCCGGUCCACGGACGAGCGUGCGGCCAGAACCGGCAACACAACGCGUUCUCGUGUCUAGGUUCCGCCAAGGGGCUGCUGUCCGGCAAGGAGGGUCUGGCGAGGCGGCCGCCCCUCCUGCACGACUACAACAAGGAGGACGAGCAGGAGCGCGCCCUGCUGUCGCCCCUGUCCGAGGAGAGGCAGUCGGACGGGGCCGACAAGCACCCGCAGGGCUCCUCGGCCAAGAAGAAGACCCGCACCGUGUUCUCCCGCAGCCAGGUGUACCAGCUGGAGUCCACGUUCGACAUGAAACGCUACCUGAGCAGCUCGGAGCGCGCCUGCCUGGCGUCCAGCCUGCAGCUGACCGAGACGCAGGUCAAGACGUGGUUUCAGAACCGCAGGAACAAAUGGAAGCGGCAGCUCUCGGCCGAGCUGGAGGCGGCCAACAUGGCGCACGCCUCGGCGCAGACACUCGUGGGUAUGCCGCUGGUUUUCCGGGAGAACUCCUUGCUGCGUGUCCCGGUGCCCCGCUCCAUCGCCUUCCCCACGCCGCUGUACUACCCCGGGAGCAACCUGCCGGCUCUGCCUUUAUACAACCUGUACAAUAAGGUCGACUACUGAUAACGGGCGCACACAUCCUAAAGCCCCGCAGGGGUGUCCAAACUUUUUUUUUUUUUUUUGCCUCCGAGGGCCACUUUAACAUUUUUGACCUUAUUUAUUAAACACGUUAAAAACUAUUCAACAAGUAGUUAUACACUGGAUUGUUUAUAUUUUAUAGAAAUUUCUAAAAAAAACAAUGUCACAGCUUUCCGUUCCACCUUUGUACCUUCUCAAACUAAACAUUAAAAAAAGAAGAUAAAAAUCUCGUGUAUUUCAACCUACCAUGCAACUUCCACCUACCACUAGCUAGCUUAGUGCUAACGUACAACACCGAACUCCAUAGAUGGGGUAACAAUUAGCAUCAAUACUUGUGGCGUUAUCACCCUUGAAAUAAAAGAUAUUUGUACACAAAUGGUCAGGUAGUAAGUAGAUUGGAAAUAUAACAAUACUCACAGACAUUUUCUUUAUCCUCUGAGAAAAAAAUAAUAUUACUGCAGUUUCUAGUCACAUACAUUAUUUGUGUCUGUCUUCAUGACACUUACACUGCCCCCAAGUGUCCA